AUGAAGGCUUCAUUCGCUGCUGUUUCGGUCGCCCUGGGCGCCUCCCUGGCCGUCGCCUCGCCCACUCUUGAGGUCAGAGCUACUAGCACUUCCUCGGGCAGUCUCCCCACCGUCACCGUCAAGGGCAACGCUUUCUUCGCUGGCAACGACCGCUUCUACAUCCGUGGUGUCGACUACCAGCCCGGUGGCUCGUCUGACGCCAAGGACCCUCUUGCUGAUGAGGACGGCUGCAUGAGAGACAUCAAGUACUUCAAGCAGCUCGGCAUCAACACCAUUCGUGUCUACACUGUCGACAACACUGCCAGCCACGACACCUGCAUGAACGCCCUCGCCGCAGCUGGUAUCUACGUUGCUCUCGAUGUCAACACUCCCUUGUACUCAAUCAACCGUGCUAACCCCGCCAUUUCAUACAACGCUGUCUACUUGCAAAGUCUCUUCGCUACCGUCGAUGCCUUUGCCAACUACACCAACACUCUUCUCUUCUUCUCUGGUAACGAGGUCAUCAACGACGUCAACACUACCAACUGCGCUCCUUACAUCAAGGCCGUCACCCGCGAUCUCAAGCAGUACCGCAACAACAGAGGCUACCGUGCCAUCCCUAUCGGCUACUCGGCUGCUGAUGUUAGUGAGAACCGCUACGAGACCGCCCAAUACAUGAACUGCGGUACCGACGACCAGCGCAGCGACUUCUUCGCCUUCAACGACUACUCGUGGUGCGACCCCUCGUCCUACACCAUCUCUGGCUGGGACCAAAAGGUUGCCACCUACGGCAACUACAGUCUGCCCCUCUUCCUUUCCGAGUACGGAUGCAACAAGGCCGCUCGCAAGUUUGAGGAGGUUUCGGCUCUCUACAACUCCGAGAUGACUGGCGUUUACAGUGGUGGUCUCGUCUACGAGUACUCCGAGGAGGGCUCUGACUACGGUCUCGUCACCAUCUCUGGCUCUACUGUUACCCCCAACGACGACUUCACCUACCUCCAGGCCGCAUUCUCUAACAACACUGCUCCCACUGGUGACGGCGGCUACCACUCGGACGGCACUGCUUCCACCUGCCCUUCCUCGAGCGACACCUGGAACACUGGUGACUUCAGCGGUGAGGCUCUUCCUGCCAUUCCCUCCGACGCCACCAAGUACAUGACCUCUGGUGCUGGCAAGGGCCCCGGUCUCGCUGGUGCCGGUUCCCAGGAUUCUGGUACCGAAAACGUUGCCACCGCCUCUGCUGGAAGCGGUUCCGCUACCCGCACUGCCUCUGGCGCUUCUUCCACCGCUUCUGGAGCUAGCGGCUCUGCCACCCACUCUGGUGCCGCUUCGCGCAUGAACGUCGGCGAGGUCUCCUUCGCUCCUCUGAUCAUGACCGGUGUGGUUGCCCUGUCCACCCUGUUUGGCGCCACUCUUCUCUAA